AUGGCACCGCCGCGAGAUAUCGAGCUGAACACUGUCCAUAAUUUCAAAACCAAAGAAGAGUCCUUUUCGCACGGCAGUUCCCACAGCAUGCGCGAGCCAGAAUACUACGACGACCAACCGCCGCCCCGCUUCCAACGCUUCCUCGAUGGCUUCAAGAGGGAUACCAGCCUUCCGUUCUUCCCGAGCGACCACCUGAGUCAAGUCAACAGCCAUUCUAACCAGCGUCGAUAUGGGAACCAUUACUAUGACUUGCGCCUGGCGGCGCUCGAGUCCGCAAAUACCGGGUUGGCGAGGAAGCUCAAAGGGAGGCAUUUGCAGAUGAUUGCCAUAGGAGGUUCCAUAGGUACUGGUCUCUUUGUCGCUUCGGGCGCUGCCCUACAUUCCGGGGGUCCAGCUUCAUUACUUAUCGCAUUCAGCAUCGUUGGAAUUAUGCUCUAUUGCACUUGCCAGGCUCUUGGUGAGCUGGCCGUGUUGUUUCCGAUUGCUGGGUCCUUCUCGUCGUGGGCAACACGUUUUCUGGACCCCUCAUGGGGAUUUGCCAUGGGCUGGAACUAUGCAGUGCAAUGGCUCACCGUCUUGCCACUCGAAAUCAUAGCUGCGUCUCUGACAAUAAAUUACUGGGGCGAGACGCUACCAAAGGCCGUUUUCGUCAGCAUAUUUCUUUUUAUAAUCUUAAUGAUUAACCUCUUUGGUGUCAAGGGCUAUGGUGAAGCCGAGUUUACCUUCUCCAUUAUCAAAGUUAUUGCCGUCAUCGGUUUCAUUCUUCUCGGCAUUGUCCUCAACUGCGGCGGAACACCAGACAGAGGCUACAUUGGCGGCGAGUUCUGGCAAAAUCCAGGCGCCUUUAACAACGGCUUCAAGGGUCUCUGCAGCGUCUUCGUCACCGCGGCGUUCGCCUUUACAGGCACCGAACUCGUGGGUCUCGCAGCCGCCGAGACAGCCAACCCGCGCAAAUCCCUCCCCACGGCGAUCAAACAGGUCUUUUGGCGGAUCACACUCUUCUACAUCGUGGCCCUGACGCUCGUCGGCCUCCUGGUCCCGUACAACGACCCCCGCCUCAUAGGCGGCGACAGCAAAGCCGACGCCAAGGCAUCCCCCUUUGUCAUCGCCAUCGAAGAAGCCGGCAUCGAAGUCCUCCCCUCAGUCAUGAACGCCGUCAUCCUCGUCGCCGUCCUGUCCGUCGGCAACUCUGCCGUCUUUGGCUCCUCGCGAACCCUCGCUGCCCUCGCCAACCUCCAACAGGCCCCCGCUAUCCUCGGCUACGUCGACAGACGCGGCCGGCCCCUCGUCGCCAUCCUCGUCGCCGCCCUCCUCGGCCUCCUUGCCUUCCUGGCCGACCUUAGGGAGCAGUCUAGCGUGUUCGACUGGCUGCUCGCCAUCUCCGGCCUCUCCACCGUCUUCACAUGGACGUCCAUUUGCUUCUGCCACAUCCGCUUCCGCCGCGCCUGGGCCUCCCGCGGCCGCCGCCUCAGCGAAAUGGCGUACAACUCCCAAGUCGGCGUCGUCGGCUCCUACGUUGGCUUCAGCCUCAAUGUCCUCGUCCUCAUUGCCCAGUUCUGGGUCGGCGCCUUCCCCAUCGGAUGGCAGGACAUGACCGCCGGCGAGGUCACUCGGAACUUCUUCCUCAAGUUCAUGGGCGUGCCCAUCGUCUUGUUCUUCUACAUCCUCCACAAGCUGUACUUCAGAACCACCUUUGUCAGGGUUUGCGACAUGGAUGUUGAUACCGGCAGGAGAGAUUUCAAUCUGCCCAUUUUAAUUGCGCAGGAGCAAGAGGAAAGAGCUUCGUGGCCUCAAUGGAAGAAGUUUUACAAGUUCAUGUGUUAG